AUGAUUGACAUAUGCGUUGCUAUAAUAAUAUCUUUCACGACGGCUAUUAUGUGGACCUGUGCACACCUAUUACCUCCUGACGGUAAUGCUAAAGCGACCGAUAUCAAAGGCACCACCAGCAGCAGCCAAGGUCGUAGAAACGCUGAUACCACAUACAAUAGUCUCACUACUGGUGAAGGUCCUCAGGCUCGGAAACUCUGGCAUAUCAAGCCCCCUGAUAAGAUUGAUGAUUCUCCUAAAGCAGAUGUUGUUUCACCGGUCAUCAUGGUUAUUGUUGGUAUGGGUCUCGUUUAUGCUAUAUAUCCUGGUAUUGCAUCUGGUGAUCUAUCCAGUCAGGCCGGUACACUAUCUACUAAUGCCAAAAACCUAUACGAUGCACUAAGUGGUACUGGUCCUGAUGUUGAAGCUGCUAAAGAAAAAGUCACAGCCCUGAAAAAUGCCGCUAGUAAUUCUAGUGAUCCAAAGGGUCUUGAACAGUUACUCGAAGCACUUAAAACUGGUCUUGAUGUAGUUGUUAAGGCCAAAGGGGUCCUUGCAAAAUACAAUGAGGUCGCUACAGAGUACGGGAAAGUGGCAGCAGAUGUGGAGGUUCAAAAAAAACAAGUGAAUUUAACCAAGUUAAAUCUGCAUUCACUGCACUUCAGAAAGCAUCAUACGAAGGCACCGACGACACCGGCAAAAACGAAGCCACAGCCGAUGACAAACGCUCUAAGUUUUACUGGAUUAUAA